ACUGCAGGUCUUUAAUGUAUUCCCACAAAUUGAACAGAAGGAAGUUAAGACAUUAUGCAAAUAGUGUUAGAAAACCUUAUACUUAAUUCUGAUGCUAUUGGUGAUUAAAAUCAUUACUCAUAUAGACAGAAAAUUCUUUUUAAGUUGUCUAAUGUUAAAUUUAGCCACAAGCUGAGUCAUGAUCCCAAUAUUACAUUUCAAAAAACGAUGUACACCUAAACAAAUAGUUUUCUAUCUGUGGUGUGAGACAUCAUGGUCAAAAUAUGCAAAUGAGUUCAGCGUUCUCCAGGUUCCCUCACUCAUAAAACGCUUUGGUCUCCAAUGUCAAAGCUUCUUGAGGUCUAAAUUAAUUCCUUUUGGUUACAUCAACAGCUCAGGAUUUACUUAUUUGUCACAUAGUUGUCAAAGAUCAGAACAUGAUACAAAUUAUACAUUUUAUUUAGUGUUGUGAAAAUCAACUUUACAAAUCAGCCAGAGCUUUAACAAAUCUCUAACACACAUUUUUUUUUAAAAAGUGAGUGCAAGUUUUUUUUUUUUUUCUAAAAACCAAUCAACAAAACAAUCAUAAGUAGGAGCAAUUAACCAAACAUUGAGCACUGGCAAGGUGUUUAUGUUUUAAAUUCAAUUACAUUCAAUUUAGUUUAUUCAUAUAGGAUUUUACUUCAAUUUUUUUUGUGAUUGCAGCAUUUUCCCAUUAUUUAUUUAUUUUUGUUUGUUUCUGUGUGUCUGGGAGUUUGCAUCGUUCUUGUGUUUGCUGCACAUUUGUACCUGUUGGCUACCAACACUUUGACUUGUUGAACGCAUAGUAAACUCUGAUGCAUUCUUAUUUAAUACAUCCCCUAAGAAUCUACCUAUUCACAUAGGAAACAUGUUAAGGUUCUCCUGACGUUUCUGUCUCUGAGUUAGAGACAGCCACAGAACAGAGAACGAAAACGCUAUUGUUCUUGCAUUUUCUGCCAAAUAUGCAAUAAUCCACACUCGCUGCACACAUACAAAAGACAAGUGUCAGUAUUGCCUCUGUGCCGCAUGACACGAAAGGAAGGAAGCCGCCGUGCAGAUAAGUACUGUAGUCAGGAAGCUCAUGGAGCUCUGUUAUCAAAAGGAAAGCGACCGUUGUUCUUAGCAGCAACACAGUUUCAGUGAAGGAGAAAACUUAAACAAGUCUGAAAACUGGGGGAAAAAAACUAUCUAGUGUCUAGUUUUGAAGCAGCUGUUUCAUCGCGAUAUUUUCAUGUCUUUAAUAAAAUACAUCUUUUCUUUAACAGUAGUGAAGAGUCAAAGAAAAGUUCAUUUUUCAUCCCUGGAAGCAUAUUUCCUCUGGUCCUGCGUUUAUUCUAAAUGUAGCAAGAAGAGAAACAGGGAGGGGUGAAAAAUGAGACUGUCUACAGGCGUGGUCCAUAAUUCUUUCCUUACUCAUUCCAGGGUCUUUCUGCCUACAACUGUCUUUUCUUUCCUUAUCGAAGCUACAAAGUAGACCUCGUUCAUGCUUAGAAUAUACGGCAGCUGGUUUGCGUUUAAGGCAACAAGGAAGGCACUUGAAUAUGACGACGACCAGCACAGAUGUCGAGGAGGACUUGAGGGAAAACGUGGAGGAUCGGCCACCAAGCACACCACUGCUAAGAGAUGUGAUGUGUGAUUCCUGCCUGGAUGCCCCCAGCACAGCGCUCAAAUCGUGUCUGACUUGUCUGGUCUCCUACUGCAACGCCCACCUCAGACCCCAUCUAGAGAAAGCCAAAUUUCAGAACCAUCGCUUAGUGGAUCCCCUCCAUGACAUCGAGCGCCAGACUUGUGAGGUUCAUCAGCUUCCCUUCAAGAGCUUUUGCUUUCUGGACGAGUGCGCUAUCUGUGGGGACUGCGAGGGUCAGGAGCACAAAGGACACGAGAUGUUGUCUUUGGAGGAGGCUCGAGUACACUUUGAGACUGAACUUCUGCAGAAACACCAGAGGAUCAGUCAACAUCUCUCAGAUGUAGAGAGAAUAAUUGGAAAAUUGCAGAGCAACAGUGAUUUAAUCAAGUCUUCAGCGCAGGAAGUUUGUGUUACUGUUGAACAGCAGUUCAAUAGGCUGCAGGAGACUGUUGAGGAGGCCAGAAAAAGGGUAGAGGCGCUUUUGGAAGGAGAGCAAAAACAAGCUCUGAGGCAAGCGGAGGGCAUCCAGACACAUCUGGAGCAGAAGAGGGUGGAGCUGAGGAAAACUGCAGAUAAGAUGAAGAAACUAUUCAAGAGCAAGUCUGAUGUUGAUUUCCUGAAGGAUUACACAGAGGGGAACAAAGGGUUGACUGAUAUAUGUGUACCCGCUGCCCACAUCAGUCGAAUGGACCAUCUGCAGUCAUGGGCUCAAGCAGUGACUGAUGCUACUCAGGAGUUAUGGGAACUGAUUAUGAAAUCCUACAGUGAAAAAAUGAACAUGAUCUCCAAAAGUGCAGGUGCUAACCACGCGAUGCCAGAAUCUCUGCCAUCGUCUCUUCCUGAUCCUGACACCCAGGAAGACUUUUUGACAUACACAACGAGGCUAACCUUUGACCCCGACACCACCCAUGACUUCCUGCGUCUAACGUUGGACAACAGAAAGUUAACCAACACCAGCCCCUGGCAGCACAGCUACCCGGACCACGCCAGCCGCUUUGAAUACUGGCGUCAGGCCAUCACUUCAGAGAGCCUCUACCUGGGGAGACAUUACAUCGAAGCAGAGCUGAGCGGAAAGGGCGCACACGUCGGGGUUGCCUACAGGAGCAUCGAUCCUAAGGGGGAGGAAAGUGGCAGCUGCAUCACCGGGAAUGACUUUUCUUGGUGCGUUGGGAGGAACAACAGAGGUUUCUCUGCCUGGCAUGCUGGGGAGGAGACACCUCUGGAAGCCUCUGAUAUAACCAGGGUUGGCAUAUAUGUUGACUUUCAUCGAGGCUCGCUGUCUUUCUAUAACACAACAGGGUCUAUGAUGCUGCUCCACACAUACAGCAUUGACUUUAUAGAGCCCUUAUAUAUAACAGCAUGGUUGUCAAAGAAAGACAAUGUUGUGACCCUGGUUAAUGCAAAAUGAUGUAAGCACAUUUUCUGCUGACUUAUAGCAGUUUAUUGAGGUUUCAUAAUGGUAAAAAAUGUGCAAACGGCAGGCAUUUCACAUGCAUGUCAACAAAGGUGAAAUUUACUACCAUCUAGUGGUAGCUGUGCAACAGAAUGUAAACAGAGGAGCCAUCUCCAUAUGAGGGCGUUUCGAAUCUUGUGCAACUUUAUUGCUGUUUUACUGCCACUGAAUGCAACGUGAUUGAGGGACAGCGGACCGCAAAAACCCACACUGUCACUUAUUCUCUUUAUUUGCCCUGCAAGUUUAUUUGGUCAUUAAACUUCUCAUUGUCUCACAUCA